AUGUGCACUCUCCGCAGGCGUCUCAGAUUUGUGGCGUACAGAAGCAUCGUGAGCUGGUGCUGGGGACUGCUGGGAGCCAGAAUCAGGGUGGUCAUCCCUGCAUGUGCAGUGCUCAGGAUACGCCAGGAGUUCCCAGAUCCUGAAGGCCAGAACUUUCUCAAACUGAGCGCUGAGGUGUUCAGGCACAGCGACAGUCUUCAACUGUUCAAUAAAAGGAGCUGGCUCGGAGAAGACCUCAGUGAAGACGAGGUGCAUCAGCUCAGGACAUAUCCUGCAAAAGUGUGA